CUGUCAGCGUAAUCCUCCGCCUGCAGUAGAUGUGCUGAGGCUAGAGUAGCCACCAUUUUGCAUGUCUAGUGUGUUCCUCCCUCCAUUGCUAAUAGAGACGAUUCCAGUUCUUUUCUGGCAUCAUUACGGCUCAGAAUGCCAGCUCCGAUCAGACUGCGGGAGCUGAUCCGGACCAUCCGGACGGCACGAACCCAGGCAGAGGAGCGAGAGAUGAUCCAGAAAGAGUGUGCUGCUAUCCGCUCGUCUUUCAGAGAGGAAGACAACACAUACCGUUGCAGAAAUGUGGCAAAGUUACUUUAUAUGCACAUGUUGGGCUACCCAGCCCACUUUGGGCAGCUGGAGUGCCUGAAGCUGAUUGCGUCCCAAAAGUUCACUGACAAACGGAUAGGUUAUUUGGGAGCUAUGCUUCUUCUGGACGAGAGACAGGAUGUUCAUUUACUAAUGACAAAUUGCAUUAAAAAUGAUUUGAAUCACAGCACACAGUACGUCCAAGGCCUGGCUUUGUGCACUUUAGGCUGCAUGGGGUCCUCAGAAAUGUGUCGUGACCUGGCGGGGGAGGUAGAGAAGCUGCUUAAAACAUCCAACUCAUACUUGAGGAAAAAGGCAGCAUUGUGUGCAGUCCAUGUCAUCAGGAAGGUCCCAGAGCUCAUGGAAAUGUUUCUUCCAGCCACAAAAAACCUGCUGAGUGAGAAGAACCACGGUGUUCUGCAUACGUCUGUCGUCCUUCUUACUGAGAUGUGUGAAAGAAGUCCUGAUAUGCUGACCCACUUCAGAAAGAAUGAGAAGCUGGUUCCACAGUUGGUGAGAAUCCUCAAGAACCUAAUAAUGUCUGGAUAUUCUCCUGAACAUGAUGUGUCGGGCAUAAGCGACCCUUUCCUGCAGGUGCGGAUAUUGAGACUACUGAGAAUUUUAGGCAAGAAUGAUGAUGACUCCAGUGAAGCAAUGAAUGACAUUCUCGCACAGGUUGCAACAAACACAGAGACGAGUAAAAAUGUAGGUAAUGCAAUCCUGUAUGAGACUGUACUGACCAUAAUGGACAUCAAGUCUGAAAGUGGACUGAGGGUUUUGGCCAUUAACAUACUAGGUCGCUUCCUUCUUAACAAUGACAAAAAUAUAAGAUAUGUGGCGUUGACGUCUCUACUAAAGACGGUACAAACAGAUCACAAUGCGGUGCAGAGGCAUCGGAGCACCAUUGUGGAUUGUUUAAAAGAUCUGGACGUCUCCAUUAAGAGACGUGCGAUGGAGCUGAGUUUUGCCCUGGUGAACGGCAACAACAUCAGAGGCAUGAUGAAGGAGCUGCUCUACUUCCUGGACUCCUGUGACCCAGAAUUCAAGGCAGACUGUGCAUCAGGAGUGUUUCUAGCUGCUGAGAAAUAUGCUCCUUCGAAAAGAUGGCACAUAGACACCAUUAUGAGAGUACUCACAACGGCAGGGAGCUACGUGCGAGACGACUCUGUCCCCAACCUGAUCCAGCUCAUCACAAACUCUGUGGAGAUGCAUGCGUAUACAGUUCAGAGACUUUACAAAGCACUGCUGGACGACAUUUCACAGCAACCUCUUGUGCAGGUUGCAUCGUGGUGCAUAGGAGAAUAUGGAGACCUCCUGGUGUCAGGGCAGUGUGAGGAAGAGGAGCCCAUCCAGGUGACUGAGGAUGAGGUUCUGGAUGUAUUGGAAGGUCUUCUGGUGUCCAAUCUGUCCACGCCCGUGACCCGCGGCUAUUCCCUCACCGCCAUCAUGAAGCUGUCGACUCGUUUCAGCAGCGUGAACCGAAUCAAAAAAGUGGUUUCAAUAUACGGGAGUAGCAUUGAUGUGGAGCUUCAGCAGAGAGCCGUGGAGUACAACGCACUUUUCAAGAAAUACGACCACAUGAGACCAGCUCUUCUUGAACGUAUGCCCAUUAUGGAGAAGACGGCCUCUAAUGGUCCCACAGAAAUCGUACAGACAAACGGAGAGUCUGAGCCAUCUACGGUGGAGGCAAAACAUCCACCGCCUGUUACCCAACCAACAAACCAAGCUAAUGAUUUGUUAGACCUGCUGGGUGGAAAUGAUGUGGUGCCGGUAAUCCAGACUACGAUUCCCACAAAGCCUGCCUCAGCUGGAGGAGAGCUGCUUGACCUCCUGGGUGACCUCUCACUAAGUGGUGGUCCGGCGCCUGCACCUCCUCCCUCAGUGCCCACUUCCCAGCCACCUUUCCUGCUGGAUGGGCUCACUUCACAACCCCUGUUCAAUGACAUUGCAGCUGCAGGUAUUCCUUCCAUGAUUGCAUACAACAAGAAUGGUCUAAAAAUAGACUUCACAUUUGAGAGAGCUAACCCUAACCCAAACAUCGCAGUCAUCACCAUCCAUGCCACCAACUCAACAGAGGCUGAAAUGACUGACUUUGUUUUUCAGGCUGCAGUACCAAAGACAUUCCAGCUGCAGCUCCUUUCCCCCAGCAGUAACGUCGUCCCAGCUCUCAACCAGGGAACUGUAACACAGGUCAUCAGAGUUCUCAACCCACAGAAGCAACAACUACGAAUGAGGAUCAAACUGACCUACACCCACAAAGGCUCGGCCGUGCAGGACCUGGCAGAGGUUAAUAAUUUCCCCCCGCAGUCGUGGCAGUGAUGACCGACUCCUGCUGCCUCCAAAAAGCCCCACCAAGGGAACUAUGAAAACCUUUUUUUUUUUUUUUUUCUUCUCCCUCCUCCCACAAUUUCACCUCCCACCCUUUCUUCCAAUGGACCGCCCUGUGACAUCACUGCAGAUCGCGGCCCUCGAGUUGCAUGGGAAGCAGCAGAGCAUCAACCACAGGAGGAUAGAGCAGAUGUUACGAAGACCCUGUUGGCAUUACAAGAGGAAUUGGGGGAAAAAAAACAUAUCAAUCAUUGAACUUUCUCUUUUUGCUCUUAAUUGAUCUCUUAGUAUGCUGAUGUAUUUUUCUCACACCUCUCCAUCACCACACCCAGAAGGAUUCAUGUGCACCGUCCACUGUGGCACACUUUACCUCUGAAAAAGUGUUGCCCCCUUUGGGCUCUUUCUUUCUUUUUUUUUUUUUUAAUCCUAAAAUGCAGUUUGAGGCAUUUGCUCCCUUGAUUGGUAGGAUUGGCUUUGCUUUCACAAACCAUCAUUCCUACGAUGGCAGCAGGAAAAACUUUGAAAACGUUUCCUUUCUCCACACUGUCAACAAUAUAACUUCAGAGUUGUAUCCAUUCUGAAUUACAUUAAUUUGCUAAGUGCAUGUGUGCUGGGGUCACAAUCACAUCUGGACUUUAAGCUCCGAAAGGGGCGGGGGGUUUCUGAUUCUGUUUGUAGACCACCUCAUCCAACUCUGUGGCUGGGUUCAGAACAUUUCCCCUCAUCCAACACCUCAUCUGUAGGGAAUCGACAGCUUGUAGAUCUGUACAAAACAGCAAGUUUGAUGUACUGCAGUGAAUACGUUAUCGCUCUGAAACUUAUCUGAAAACAAGUUGCGUUUGUGCUAGAGAGAGAUCUGCAUUUUAAACUUUUCCUGCAUCUGUGUCAUCAGUCGGGAUUGCAUUUUGACUUCUGUUUCUGAUUUGUUUAACCUGACUGAACUUGGUCACCAUGCUCACACAUGUAAAUGAAGCUUGUCAUGAAUGUAGUAACUUGCACUGAAUGCUUUUCUUUCCCCUCUUCAUUCUUCUUUCCAAGUCUUUUUUUUUUUUUUUUUUUUGUCGGGAAUGCUCAUCUUAUCGGCACUGAUUUUGUGAGUUGGUUUUGUUUCUGCAGUAAUUAUGCCUGAUAUCAAAGUGAUGUGCCUUUCUGACUUAGCUGAGUUAAAAAAAAAAAAAAAGUGAGCAUCGUCUGUCACUCUUGAUGGAUUUCAACUAAAAUACCACUAACCUGAGCAACAAUUUUAGUCCAGGAAUUUGUAAAUUGUAGUAAAAUAUUUCAAAUUAUAUCUUGAUUUUCUCAGAUUUCUAAUAAAAAAACAAGAGUCGAUCAUAUUUAAAUCCUAUAAUUAAAGCAAAGUUAAUGGCAGCUAAUGUGUGUAAACGUUGACAAGCUGGCAUCGGUUAUUUUUCAAAUCCUGCCCAAAGUCCAUCAAGCAACAGAGACUGAAUUAUUAGUCAGAGCCAACAAAACAUUUUUUUGAAGCCGUCUUCACUCGUCAGAAGCAUACCGCCAUCGGGGAUAGGAACCUUAAUACCUCACACUGUUUUCUUUCUGUUAACUUUAGUGGCAGGACAUCAGCAGCUUUUGUUUAGUCACCAAAUGCAACAGAGGGGGAGAGUCUGCAUGAAGAAAACUAACACCAGUCUGUGCAUCUCAUUACUGAACUCACAGCCUCACUAUGAUCCGCCGAUACAACUCCUCUCACUAUGCUUCACUAUCUUUUAACUUCUGUGACCAAAUCAGAGAUAUACUAUUAGCUUUGGAAAUAUUUUUGAGCUCAUGAUAUGUGUAUAUGGAGAAAUCUUUUUCUGCUGAAAGUUUUUCUUCCGUUUGUUGAUGAAUGCUAUUUUGGCUUUUUUUCUGUACAUACUGAGGGCUUUUACAAAUGUUUGUCUAUUGUACUAUCUUUCAUCCUUUUUUUAGAUAUCAUUUUCUAAACAAAAUUCCAGCUACUCACAAUGUACAUUGUCUAAAUAGAUUUAGUCGGUCUAUAAUGAGACAAGUAUGUAUCAUCACUCAUUCAUUGUAAAAGAUUUAUGACCUGCUUGUACAUUGUAUAUAGUUGUAAAACAAAACCGCUGAUCAGAUUAAAUAAAAUCCACAUAAAAGAUUA